AUGCGCGACGACCAGCGUGGGACCUCACGUGUUCUCACGUGGCCGUGCCAUACCCACGUCUUCUCAAACGCUCAUGUCGACGCGACCACGUCGGCCAGCAAAGCGCCAGAAACUCGAGCAAAACUCCAGCCCGAGCAAGGUCUGCAGGCAUGCGCGACGACCAGCGUGGGACCUCACGUGUUCUCACGUGGCCGUGCCAUACCCACGUCUUCUCAAACGCUCAUGUCGACGCGACCACGUCGGCCAGCAAAGCGCCAGAAACUCGAGCAAAACUCCAGCCCGAGCGACCUUCUAGAGCAGUCGGACGCCGACCGCGACUUCUGGUUCCUGGAUGGCAAUGUAAUUCUCGAAAUCGCCAGCCACAAACAGUUUCAAGUCUACAAGGGCGUCCUUCAAAACCUCUCUGCUUUCUUCCGCCGCAAAUUCGUCGACAACAUGCACUCAAGACUUCACUACGGAGUUGUUCGCCUCCAAGGAGACACCGUGGCCGACUGGACGCACCUUCUGAGUGCGAUUUUUCCUGCGGAAGGCCUCAAAGACGAAAAUCCGCCGCUGGAGCAGAUCCUCGCCGUCAUACGUCUCGGGAGAAAAUACGAGUUUACGCAGGCCUUCCUGGGCCCCAGUUACCGCCGUCUAAAAGGUGACUUUCCCUCCACCCUACAGGACUACGACGACGUAAGAACGACGUGGAACUAUAUUCUCGUUCCGGAAACGGAGCCUGCGGAUUGGAAUGUCCGCAAUGUUGAUGGCCACGCUAUCUUCCACGUCGUUAGCCAAGUGCUCAAUCACGCCGAAGAUAUCGGCCUGCAUUCGAUUCUGCCAAUGGCAUACUAUUCCCUCCUCGAUUGUGAUCCAGACCUCGUAAUGAACGAUGACAAUUUGAAGCAGGCAAAACGGCGAACAUUCUUCCGCGGAUACGACAAUAUACAAAAGGACCCAGACGUUCCACUCAAAUGCCUCGAACACGGAAACUUCAUCCCUUUAACACGAAAGUGCUCCCAGAGAACGACUGCCAAGUGCGAAAGUACCGCACUCGCUCUAUGGCUCAAGCUCUUGCCGUUCAACAAAUCGGACUCAUCUCACACUCAAACGGUCUCUGUUCUGGAUCCCUGGGACUCAGACUGGGACAACGGAUUCUGUGAAAACUGUUUGGCGGCCUUGAUGAACGAGUACGAGGAACGCAGGGAAAGGUGUUUCGAGAAAUUGCCUGGCUGGUUCGGACUAAAGACGUGGGAAACGCUGCACGAGAAGGACUGUAUGCUUGGAUAA